AUGGUGUCUCUGAAGGCUCAGAAGCGGCUCGCCGCAUCCGUAAUGAAAUGCGGCAAGGGAAAAGUCUGGAUGGACCCCAAUGAGUCUGCCGACAUCUCUAUGGCCAAUUCCAGGCAGAACAUUAGGAAGCUUGUGACGGAUGGUUUCAUCAUCAGGAAACCUUCCAAGAUCCACUCACGUGCUCGUGCAAAAGCCUUGAACGAGGCCAAGCGAAAGGGUCGUCACUCUGGCUAUGGUAAGAGAAAGGGUACAAGAGAGGCAAGGCUACCAACGAAGACUCUCUGGAUGAGAAGAAUGAGGGUGUUGAGGCGUUACCUCACUAAGUCCCGUGAGGCGAAGAAGAUCGACAAGCACAUGUACCACGACAUGUACUUGAAAGUGAAGGGUAACGUGUUCAAGAACAAGCGUGUGCUGAUGGAGAGCAUCCACAAGUUGAAGUCCGAGAAGGCGAGAGAGAAGACACUCUCUGACCAGUUUGAGGCCAAGCGUGCUAAGAACAAGGCUAGCAGGGAGAGGAAGAUUGCUAGAAGAGAGGAACGUUUAGCUCAGGGACCUGGAGGUGGAGAGACAGCACCUGUCGCAGCAACAGCAUCUCAAUAA